AUGCCUAAUACAAAAGCUGAACUUUGCGUCACUAUAGUGUCGAUUCUUAUCGAGGUGCUCAAUUUGGGUGAACAAUUCGGUAUCUAUUUUGCACAAAAAGCAGAAGAAAUGGAUGAAAUGAAAGAACGUCAAUUCUUCUUCAUUAUUCUGAGUAUAGGUGCAAUUACUCUACUUAAAUCCUUAUGUCGUAAUGAACGAACCAAAAUUGGAAUUUCAUUUUUGAUUGAAAUCGGUGAACUUCUUUCUUAUUUAUUGAUUCUUGAACGGACAUUGGCAGUAAUAAUUAUUUCAUCAACAUUCUUUGGACUUCAAUUUGUUUGCUAUAGUAUCACAUUUUAUUUAGUUAAAACAGAUGAUAAAACACCGACGCUGGAACAUCGACUAAAAGGAUUUCUAAGGCAUCUUUUAUUCUAUAGUAUUCUCAAUUGUAGUCCACUUCUAACGUUAUUUCUCAAUUCAGAAUCUCGAUUUCGUCAAACACUCUAUGAAGUGUCUGCAAUCAUUGGCAUAUUUUUAUCUAGUAUGAUAUACGAAAUUCCGAUGGAAGCUAGAUCAGUUAUGAAUACAUGGAUAAAUCGAAUGCGAGUUCAAAUUGAAACUGAACAAGCCUCACUGACACCUCUUGAUUUUCGAGAAUUUAUGAAAAAUACUGCUUUUACAUGA